AUGCUAACUGCUGGUCCCAUUGUUCAUUCUUUUCUAAUUUGGGUUAAAGAGCGGACAACCACCAGGUCUCCGCCUUGAGUGGAGCACCACUCGUUUAGCCACACCACAUGAUUAGGGCACUGGCAGGAAUUGGUUCCCAGGAAUGUCUGGUCCUGUCUUUGUGACGUCUAUGACAGUGUCCCUGAUCCAUUAAAGUAAUAAAAAUAAUAAAAGCGAAUGCUUACUAGGUAACACACAUACACUAAGUCCUAAAUGCUUCUCAUCCACUACUGGAAUUAAAUGUCACCAGACCACAUGAUGUAUUGUUUACUCCUAAUUGCAGGAGGUGCGCGUCAGAUCACGGCUGUCCCUGGGACCAGGAGACUGUGAGCGCUGGCGCUGCUCAGACGCCUGGAGAUCAUGUCUGGGGAUGACACCAGGACCUUGGGGAAAGGGAGCUGCCCCCCAGGGCCAGUCCCUGAGGGCAUGAUCCGCAUCUACAGCAUGAGGUUCUGCCCCUACUCGCACAGGACGCGCCUCGUUCUCAAGGCCAAAGGCAUCAGACAUGAAGUUAUCAACAUUAACCUGAGAAACAAGCCUGAUUGGUACUAUACAAAGCAUCCUUUGGGUCAAAUCCCUGUCCUGGAGAACAGCCAAUGUCAAUUGAUCUACGAAUCUGCCGUUGCUUGUGAAUACCUGGAUGACGCUUAUCCAGGAAGGAAGCUGUUUCCACAUGACCCUUAUGAACGGGCUCGCCAAAAAAUGCUAUUGGAGCUAUUUUGUAAGGUCCCGCCUUUGACCAAGGAGUGUCUGGUAGCGCUGAGAUGCGGGAGAAACUGUGCUGACCUGAAGGCAGCUCUGCGGCAGGAAUUCUGCAACCUGGAAGAGAUUGGAAUGUGGUUUUUGUUCCAUAGAACAUUAAGAAGACUUAUUCUUGAUUACCAGAACAGCGCCUUCUUUGGUGGAGACUGUAUAUCCAUGAUUGAUUACCUCCUCUGGCCCUGGUUUGAGCGGCUGGAUGUGUAUGGGAUAGCUGACUGCGUGAACCACACCCCAGCACUCCGGAUCUGGAUGGCCGCCAUGAAGCGGGACCCCACAGUAUGCUCUCUUUUCGUAGAUAAGAACAUUUUCCUGGGCUUCUUGAAUCUCUAUUUCCAGAACCACCCUAAUGCCUUUGACUUUGGGCUACAUUGCUGAGCCUCGCAGUGCACCCCUUCACUGCCCAGGAUUCCCAAGAGAGGCCUAAUUCUGCAUCAGGGAUUGUCCCGGGGGAGAGGUCAGUCGCUCUCUUUCGUGUCCCCAAUAAAAAUGGA